AGCCUCCGACCAGGCGUAAUUACGGAUGGAAUAAAACAGCAGACUGAUAUUUUAUGACAUCAAUGAGCUCAUGUUUUGCUUGACAGGCAUCAAUCAUUAGACAUACAUUAUGAUGUUGACGAGAGAGAGAGAGAGAGAGAGAGAGAGAGAGAGAGAGAGAGAGAUAUUGAUCAUACGUCCUCUUUUUCCCGGACAUGUCCUCUUUUUCGGACCUUAAAAAAGUGUCCGGCCGGGAUUUCUAAAUUUGCGAAAAUGUCCGGGAUUCAGUUUUAGUUGCAUUAUGAUGUGCAUCUGGUCUAAUACUUAAUUGUGUGUGCGCGCAUAUUAACCCCUCUUUGUAAAUCCCGCCUUCUCGCACACCAAUUGGUCGAUUAUAAGAGGCUUGCAGCAACUAUUGGCCAAAUUCCUGCCUGUCAAUCUCUCCGCAAAUGCGCAAAGUGCUGUUGUGUUCGGCAUCAAACAGCUGCUUGACAGUAGCAGCAAAUGACAGCUGAGUGGAAACAAUGCCCAAACGAAAGUGCAAAUUUACAGAAGAUUUGCACAAAAAAUUCCCAUGCUUUCAUCCAGGUCGAGAUCCGUGGGAAGCAGAAUGUAUGACAUGUAAAGCUGGCACUUAUGUGUCAGUUGCUAAUAAAGGUGCAAGUGAUUUAGAAGCACACAUUAGCUCUGCAAGCAUAAAGGGUCAGCAAAAGGUGAAAGUUCAUCAGAUAAAUUAACGGACUACUUUUUGUGACCAGGAGAACAACCAGCAGAACAACCUCUCUCUCAAUGUCAACAAGACCAAGAAGCUUGUGGUGGACUACAGGAGACUGGACAAAGAACACAGCCCCAUCACUAUCGACGGAGCACCGGUGGAGAGUUCACAUCUCUGACGACUUCACAUGGUCCAGCCAUGCAGAGGCCGUAGUGAAGAAGGCGCACCAGCUGCUUUUCUUCUUGAGACGACUGAGGAAGUUUGGGACGUGCACUGUGGAGAGCAUUCUGACUGGUUGCAUCACCGUCUGUGUGUCAGGAAACCAGUCACUGCAAAGAAGGUCAGCAGGAUAAGAGGCAAAUUCUUCCAAAAAUUCAACCACAUAGCUUGGAGUCACAAUUCACUUUCAUUAUAUGAUGAAAAGCUGUGUGAAAAUUUUUCUUACCUGUCCUUUGUGUUCCCUGAAAGAAAGUCAUACAAGUUUGGAACGAACGACAUUAUGGUUGCAACACUGUGGCGAUGUGAAGCGAAUGAGCAGGUUGUGGCACAUAUAAAAGCUCUGCCUUACAAGUUCACUAUUGUUUUGAGGCACGCAGACUUCUUGACUCUACGACCCCAUGAGUUGUUAAAUGGUUAUGAAGAGUUACAUUCGUGCUAUCCUAAACAAACACGACAAGCCUGGGAGACUGCACCAGCUAAAUCACUACACCACCAGAGUCAUUUUGUAUGGACAAAGAGACCAAGUCGCUCAACAAGCAACCAGAUGGGGUUACCCUAUCAACCGAGUAACAAAUCACCUAUCUCUGUGCCAGAACAUCGUAGAUACUUCCGCGUUGGCUCAUUUGACUUAGGCUGA